GUGUGGGUGGGGGAAGGAGCGGGGAUGGAGGUAUAUACACCCCCGAGUCGCCAGGAGGGGCACAGUCUUCUCCAACAUGUGCAAGUUAGAGGCAUCGCAGUUGAAGGACGUGGCCAAGCCAGUGGCUGAGCCACAGCAUAUCCCCGUUCAUCAGGUUUUGACCGAAGCGGAGAGGUUCCGGCUGCACCAGGAGUUGAGAAAGAGGAGGAAAGCUAUGCUGCUGGAAAACAGUAUCCUGAGAAGACUAGGUCCAAAUGCCAAGCUCAAUUUGAACCUCCACUGGGGAUAUUUAGAACGAGUUAUGGUUAAGAAGGAAGACUUGCCUCCGCUGAACCAGUAAUGUUCAGCAAGAUAAUUUGGAACCCAUCGCUGCCUCAAGCGAAAUAGGCCGAACAGUGCUUUUAGAGAAUUUAAGCUUUGCUAACCCGCUUGUCUUUCAUUAGUUUGCUUAGAUUGUUUUUUUUAGGUUAGUUAUUUAGUUGUAAAAUUGGCAUUACAUAUUUUAUGUUUCAAUUAAUUGUUCUUAUUUUGCAUGCAUUGUUUUAUAUUUCUCUUAUAUUGAUUGCCACAUCACAUAAAUAAAUUGGCCUCUGGUAUUAUCUUUUAUCUGAUGCGUGUUAACUGAUAAAAUGUGUUCAACUUUAUACAAACAAUAUACAUUUAUUGUAUUUUUUGAUAAAUAAUGGUUUAACUAUAAUCAUUUUUCAACGAUAAAUACCAGAUGAAUAUUUUAAUAAGAAAUUAUUGGCCAAGUUAUAUUUGUGAUGUAGUUUGUAAAUUAAGAAAUAUAUAUUUUGUACAUAAACAUUGCUACAUAGCUUCUAUUGUAUAAACUACUCGAUGUAUGAUUUUAUAGAUUUUUAUUAAGUUCUGUAUAUAUUUUUGAUGAUAAGAUUUUUUUUUUUCAAUUAUUGUAUAGUUUUUGUUUAAAGAAUAUUGUGGAAGGUAGCGGCUCACUCCUGUCUCUUUCAAUACAAUGAAGGUGUUAGCUUUACAUAAACUGUACAUAAAAUUGUUUUGAUUAAAGAUUUUAGUAGAGAAAUAUUUCUUUAUUGUUUGUUAGAUUUUUUAAAAAUUUUAUUUAUAUAUUUUCUGUGAUCAAACAAAAGCUUUAAUAGUUUUAAAUUAGAUGUUAGAUAUUAAUGGUAAAAGCUUUAAAAAAUAAUUUUUAAAUAUAUUGGAAAAGUGUAUAUGUAUAUAUGUUUGUAAUUUGUGUUAUAAUUAUCAUUUUUAGUUCUGAUGCAUGCGUAGAUUGAUUUUGAUUUUGCCUGUAAUUAUUUUUCAUUUAUAUUUUGAUAUUUUGAAAUAAAGAAAUUUAAAAGAAAAUCUUA